GUGACUUCUGUUGCUGGGAAACGAGCAUCAACCCGCGUUGAGACAGCACUGAAGACUUUAUAUGCAAAAGCCACACCUCAGACUUUUCUCUUUGAAGCAGCAUCAGGUGCAAAUCUAACUCAUAUUUAGGUCGAGGAAACAGCUGAAUGAUGAGUGCUGCUCAGAGUCAAACAACACUGGAGUCCAAACUGGAGGCCCUGCAGUGCCACUUCACCUGGGAUCUGGACCCCAGCAAGUCCAUGCUGUUACGUCGAAAGGAAAAGUUCGAAGACAUCGGCCCCGAGGAGGGGAACAGCUGGCUGGGUCACAUUUACAACCUGCGGGGGUUCGUUCAGUACAAGCUGGGGUUCACCGAAGACGCCCAGAGUUUCUUCAACAAGGCUGCAGAGGCCUUCAGCAAGAUAAGAAACGCAGAUGAGGGUCCCUGGUUGGUGGUGAACUACGGGAACCUGGCGUGGCUGCACCACCACCUGGGAGACCAAGCAGAGAGUCAGGCUUACCUGUCAAAGGUCAACGCCCUGAUGAAUAAAUACCCAUCUCCAUCCCAGGACCAGCUCCAUCCAGAGAUCUACGCUGAGAAAGCCUGGACCCUGAUGAAGUUCAGCAGAGAACAAAAGAAAGAGGCUGCAGAUUACUUCCAGAGAGCCAUCAGGAUGCAGCCGGACAUGGUGGAGUGGAACACCAGCUACGUCUUAGGGUUAGUGAAUGAAUUUAAGCACAGCGAAACAGGGCUGGAGGCUGACCUUCUGAAGAAAAUGAGAAUCGCCAAGGAACAGGAUCCAGAGAACUUGUACAUUGCUGUUUACUAUCUUGAGCAACGUGCAAAGAAAAGAGAGAGAAUCAAAGAUGAAGCACGUGCGUUAGCCACAAAGGUGUUGAGAAAUCCUGUCGGCAGCUACAGUGGUAUUAAACCAUUAAUAAGGGUUUACAGAAACUAUGUUUCUUUUGAUGAGGCCGUUGAUUUGAUAGAGCAGGCUCUGGAAAAACAUCCAGAUGAGCGUUAUCUGAAGAGAUGCGCUGCACUCUGCUACAAAUGGAAAAUCAUUAAUGUCAGGGACAGUCGCCCAAAUCCAAGCAUGAUAGACAGAGCAAUCAGUCUCCAUAAAGAGGUGAUUGCUCUCUACCCUCAUUCUUUCCUUAUGAAGGAAAUAGAACUUGCAAAUAUAUAUGCAAAGUCAAAAAAAAGCAUGGCCAAAGCUGAGCAGAUAUACCAGGAACUGCUAGAAAGUGAUCUGGAACCUGCAGACAAACAGAUGCUCUACAACAACUAUGCAAAUUAUUUAUUCCUCCAUUGUAGGGAUUACCAAAGGUCAACACAAUAUCACAUGAAGGCUGCAGCGAUACCGCAGCAAUCCUCCUUUCGUCGGUACAGCAUCGACACUCUGGAGAAGAUUAGAGACAGAGGCAUCAGCCCAAUGUGUAGAGAAAUAGAGGAGUUUCUGGAAAACCUGUAAGAGCCAUAUUGUUUUUAAAAGCACUGGUUCUUAAUCCAGAAAUUGAUCACACAUCAGGAAAACCUGUUUCCUUCUGUUGGUCUGCUGGUCCAGAAGCAGCAACACCUUAUUCAGAACAUGUACGAUCAAAUGGUUGUUUUUGGUUUGUCACGGUUAUCGCAAAGAAAAAGAUUGUAGCCUAUAUUUUGAGCUGUAUCCUUUAAAGACCUUUUUUUACACUUUAUGGAAGACAAAGGUUGUUUUUGCCCUAAAACCUGUCAGCAGUAGUCUACUAGAUAUAUGAAACAAGCGGAAUCAUUUAAUAACACUGGUCAUUUAAAUAUCAUCCACUGUGGACAUGUUCAAAUGUCAUUACAUGAUUAAUUUAAAUAGAUUUUGAUUAAAUGUUGUCUUUCUUUACUUAAUUAUGGUGUUAUAUUCCUGUUGUGUUGAAUUGUUGUUCAUUUGAACUGUAUUUUAAGCAGAGGUGUAUAGUCCAGGUGCCAGAAAGUAGAAAUCCUGUCCAGCAGCUGUC